AUGGCAGCCAGAGGCAGGGCCGAGGGAGGCCUCCCGGAUCGUUACCUGGUGAGCCGGCCCAUCUACAACGAACCCAGCUUCCAGGAGGAGAACGAGAAGAAGCUGGUGGUGCCCAAAACGCUCCGCGAGCGAGUCCGGAAAUCCUGCAGCUGUUCGAAGAAAAAAGCCUUGCAGGCCACCAAGACGUUCCUCCCUAUCUUGGAAUGGCUGCCCAAAUAUAGGGUGAAGGAAUGGCUCCUCAAUGAUGUGAUUUCGGGCAUCAGCACAGGGCUUGUGGCUACUUUACAAGGUUUGGCGUACGCGUUACUAGUUGCCGUUCCAAUUGGUUAUGGACUCUAUUCUGCAUUUUUCCCCAUCUUGACGUAUUUCUUCUUAGGAACAUCAAGACACAUCUCUGUUGGACCUUUCCCUGUAGUCAGUUUAAUGGUGGGCUCCGUAGUACUGAGCAUGGCCCCAGAUGAAAAAUUCCUCCUGGCGAACAGUAACGUGACGGGAAUGAAUGGGACGGCUGGGAUAGACAUCGCUUCCAGAGAUGCCCAACGGGUGCUCAUUUCCAGCACUGUCACCUUCCUGGUUGGCAUCAUCCAGCUAGUGUUUGGAGUUCUUCGAAUUGGUUUUAUUGUAAGAUAUCUUGCUGAUCCACUGGUUGGGGGAUUCACAACAGCAGCUGCUUUUCAAGUAUUUGUUUCACAACUAAAAAUUGUGCUGAACGUUUCAACCAAGAACUACAACGGAGUCCUUUCCAUAAUCUACACACUUAUAGAUAUAUUUCAAAAUAUUGGAACCACCAAUAUAGCUGACUUGGUGGCUGGACUGCUGACCAUCAUUAUUUGCAUGGCGGUGAAAGAAAUUAAUGACCGCUUCAGACACAAGAUCCCGAUUCCAAUUCCUAUCGAAGUCAUUGUGACCAUCGUUGCCACUGGCAUUUCAUACGGGGUGGAUCUUGAGAAGAAAUACAACGCAGGGAUCGUGAAAAGCAUCCCGAGAGGAUUUUUGCCUCCUCAACCUCCAGCUGUGGAGAUGUUUGGAGACAUGCUGGCCUCGUCUUUUUCCAUCGCGAUUGUGGCUUAUGCGAUCGCCGUCUCGGUGGGAAAGGUCUACGCCACCAAGUACGAUUACGCCAUUGAUGGAAACCAGGAAUUUAUCGCCUUUGGAAUCAGCAAUAUUUUUUCAGGAGCCUUUUCCUGUUUCGCUGCUACCACCGCGCUGUCUCGCACUGCGGUCCAAGAAAGUACAGGUGGAAAAACUCAGGUUGCCGGUAUAAUCUCAGCGUUUAUCGUAUUAAUUGCUAUUGUAGCCUUGGGGAAGCUGCUGGAACCUCUGCAAAAGUCUGUUUUGGCAGCUGUGGUCAUUGCAAACCUGAAAGGGAUGUUUAUGCAAGUAUGUGACGUCCCUCGUUUAUGGAGGCAGAGCAAAGCAGACGCUAUGAUCUGGGUUUUCACAUGCGUAGCAUCCAUCAUCCUUGGAUUGGAUUUAGGAUUACUUGCCGGGUUGAUAUUUGCACUGCUAACAGUUGUGCUGAGGGUUCAGUUUCCUUCCUGGGGUAAACUUGGUAACAUUCCUGGCACGGAUCUAUAUAAGAACAUCAAAGAAUACAAAAGCGUUGCUGAACCUGAAGGAGUGAAGAUUCUCAAGUUCUCGAGUCCCAUCUUUUAUGCUAAUAUCGACGGCCUAAGAAGCAGUGUCAAAUCUACUGUGGGAUUCGAUGCCGUCCGGGUUUACAACAAAAGGCUGAAGGCUUUGAGAAAAAUACAGAAGCUCAUCAAGAAAGGAAAAUUAAAAGCAACCAAAAAUGGUAUUAUCAGUGAUUCUGGUACUGUGAAUGAAGGCUUUGAAUCUGACGACGACCCAGAAGACCCUGUAGAUCCAGGCAUCCCAACCAAAGAAAUGGAGAUCCAGGUGGACUGGAACGCAGAACUUCCCGUCAAAGUAAACGUCCCGCAAGUGCCACUACACAGCCUAAUUUUUGACUUUGGAGCUGUCUCGUUCAUGGAUGUAGUAGCCGUCAGAGUAAUGAAAGCGAUUGUCAAAGAGUUCAAGAGAAUUGAUGUGUCAGUGUACAUCGCAUCACACCUAGACAACAUUAUUAAAACAUUGGAACUAUGUGCCUUUUUUGAUGAUGACAUUCAGAAAGAUUUAUUUUUCCUGACUGUUCAUGAUGCUGUAUUACACAUACAGAGCCAAGCCAUGUAUAGAGAGGCCCAAGACCCUCUCGCUGAAAAGAUAUCUUUAAUGCAGGAGUCCAAAGAACCAAUAGAAUUUCCAGAAAUAAACCAGAAUGAACAGCUGGAUGCCCAAGAAGAGGCUAUGCGCAGACUUGCUUCAUAA